AUGUUAGAAAAAAAGUUUGCUGACAUUGACAAGAAAUUUGAGAAUGUUUUAAACAAGAACAAGAGGAAGUUGGAAAAUGCUCAGAUAAAACCCAUACAUGACAAGUUCCUAUUUGCUCAGAAUGGUAUAACAGGUCUAAUCGCACCACCUGGGUCGGGUAAGACUUUCACUUAUCUUAAAAUGGCUGCACAACAACAAGAACUAGAUGAGAAGAACCCAUUCUAUGAGUUAGUAGUCAUUUGUAGUACUUCUGGUCAAUUUGACCAAACCGUCAAUUCGUUCAAAGAUAUUAUAAAAAAGUCUAAGUUAGUAUGUAUAAAAGACUCUGAGUUGUUAGAUUGGAUAAAGAAGUACCAAAGAAGAGUUUUGA